CCCGGCCACACGAAGCAAUAGAAAAUUUCAUUACUUCGACCUGUUUUGAUUCUUUAAUACUUCCCCGAGACUCGUUUCACCUUCAAAUUCAUCCUGACGUUUGCACGAUCAUCAACUCUCAUCCGCUCUUGAUUCUUUCGUUGUUUUCGUUUUCAGCUCACGAUCACUAGACUGGACGCUAACCGUGCUCCAUACAGUCUUACUAAUCCGAGCACUGACCCACUUGAGCUUCGAACAACUCUGUUUUACUGUCCCACGCAAUUCCCAUCAGGUGCAUCACCACUGACUGCAUCAAUCUCCACACAUCAAUCGCGUCGCCGUCAAUACCAUCACAGGCCGCGUCCCGGACAACUCAAUACACGAGAAGCAGAGCACAAGAUGGCGUCUACUUCGAUGGACUACGACUCCGCGAAUGUGGAUCGGUUUGAUGAAGAGCCUGCUCGCACCUACGACGAACUUCGCAGCGCGUCCCCUCGUCAUGACGAAGUAACUGAACGCCGUCGGUCUGCAUCUCCCGCCAACGGUGAUCGCGACCGCGAGCGCGACCGUGCUCCUCCUCGAGACAACGGCGGCGGCGGCAGGGAUGGCGAUGGAGAUGCCAUUAACCCGGGCUCUAAUCUCUUCGUCACUGGCAUUCACCCACGUCUUACUGAGGCUGAAGUGACCCGCAUGUUUGAGAAGUAUGGAGAGGUUGAGAAGUGCCAGAUCAUGCGUGACCCCCACACGAGGGAGUCUCGUGGCUUCGGCUUCGUGAAGAUGGUGACCUCCGACCAGGCCGAUGCGGCCAAAGAAGGCCUCCAGGGCGAGGAGCUUGAAGGUCGUACUCUGAGCAUCGAGAAGGCCCGUCGUGCUCGUCCUAGGACACCCACACCCGGCAAAUACUUUGGGCCUCCCAAGCGUGAAGGUGGUGGUGGUGGCCGUGGUGGACGCUUCGACGAUCGCCGCCGUGGCGGAUAUGGCGGCGGUGGCUAUGGUGGUGGUCGCGACGACCCGUACCGCUACCGCGGCUAUGAUCGUCGGAAUGACGACCGCGACCAGCGUGGCUACCGUGACGACCGUGGCUAUGACCGUGGCUACGAUCGCAAUGGUGGUGGUCCCCGCGAGGACCGCUUCGAACGCCGCGAUCGCGAUGACGGCUACGGUGGACGCGACCGUUACCGUGAAGACCGUGGUGGCGACCGCGGCUACGGUGGCCCCCGUGAGGACCGCCGUCCCCCCAUGGAUCGUGAGCGUGAGCGCGGCGGUGAUCGCUUCGACCGCGACCGCGAAGGACCUCGUUCUAGGGAGCCUCCUGCGGCUGGCUAUGACGGCCCUCGUGGCGAGCCCCGUGAUUCUUACGCAGAUCGCCGUUAAAACAAAAGCAUCCUGGCGAGGAACGCUAGAUUGAACAGCAAUGUGUCGACGAGUAGGAAUCAGCAUUAUCUAUUUCAUUUCUGUAUCAGGGAAACAACAGGGAAAUCGGGCAACCCCAAAAAUGCGUCUCUGGAAUUUUUUUUUUACAGCAAAAUCUCCCCCGCCAGCACCUAAUCUGCCUUGUACCCCAGUCAACACCACCAAAAAAGAGCCUUGAUAGCUUCGCACUCUCCUGUGGACGACGAUGGCACCAGCACUCUACGUGGCUCAGAACUCUGGCCAUUUUUAUGUGGGUCAGAAUUUCGACCUCCAGAGAGGGUUGUGGUCGACGUUGUGGCUCUUCCAGUUCCUGCUCGCCCCGUUGGAUUUCCUUCACGCAUCAUUUGUCGGCUUGCUUCGGAUUCGAAACCGAGGAAUUAAUUUUCGGAAAUGGGUUUUGCAGCAAAUCCAAGCGGCAAGAAAGGUCAAGAAGUCAACAUCCACUGAACCAUCUGUACGAUUAUAUCUCUUUUUUUCUUUCUUUCGUCGUCUUUCGGAUACUAGGACGCAUCAGCUUCGUCUCUUUCUCUGUUCCCAUGCCAGCAAUUACGUCCAGUCGAAAUGAUGGGAACCCUGCCGUAGACUUCCCGCCGCACCAGUACUUCUUUUGAAGCAAUCAAAACAAUACACCAUUAUCACCGUCAGCCGAAGAGAGGGAACACACGCCACACACCAUUCUAAAUAUAACUCGCGCGAUCCCAACCCCUGUGAAAACCACCAAGCGCUUCACUCUUGGCAAAAUUGAUCCGGCCUGCCCUUGCCGCUACAGGUAAUCAUCUAGACUAGUACAAAGUCACCAGCUCUCAACAGUUGAUUAUCCUAGCCCGAGUUCGAUAUGUCACUUCUAAACCACGCCAAACUGCACAUAUUGGCAAAACCUUGAAACAUCCUCUACAUCCAUUGCAUCAUCCGUCAACAACUGCGAUUAUUUCUGGGUGGUCUCGGCAUGUCCAAAGAUUAUAGAGACCAAGAACAAUCAUCAUCAAAUUGCUGCAACCAACCACAGUGAUCAAAAGACGCAGUACAACGGUAUUAUCCCCUUUUGCACCUUGAAAUAGUGAAAUUGACAUGCAGCCUUGGAAUAGGUUCCAGUCGUCACCGAGACGGACAUGCCACUGGCUGUCUUCGGCUGGGUAGGGAUGGAAUGUGGCGUCACUGCCCUGGCGCCACCGCUAGGAAAUUUGACUGCUUUCGGCAGAUCUAUUUUCCAUCGUUCAACCUUCCAUUCCUCCCUAGGAGCAACGACAUACAUGACGGCAGCUAAACCAGAAGCCUGCUUUGCUGCUCCAGGGAAUUUGCUGAGCAAACUCUCAACGGUCUAUUUGAUUUCCCACUGAGCUAACGUUGACGUUAUGAAGCACAUUUACUACAGGGAACCACAUAGCUGUGGACGACAGUGCCAAAAAGAAAGAAAAAAAAAAAAAAAGACGUAGAGUAUCAAUGCUAAUAUAUAAUUUACUGGAG